UAAGCACAGAAUCACAUGGCACAUUACCAUUCUGCUUUUUUCCUCCAGACACCACAUACAACUCUUCAGCACAUUAAAAAAAGAAGAUCCUGUGAAUUUGGCUAAAACUUAGCAUCUUGGAGAUGACAUCUUAGCUGGCCUAUCACAUUCACGGAGCAGCGUUUGACAUCCUUGGGAUACUAUGGGAAGGACACAUAGACCCCCAGCAGGACAGCACAGACACUGUGAAAAAUGCUUCAGCAAACGUUGCCAAGCACCUAUAAACACAGGUGUAUCAUGUUUGAUGAUCAGCUGCCGUUCCCACUGUGAAGCCACCUUCCACAUGUGCAAAGAGGAAGAGCACCGUCUGCUUUGUCCAAAUGAAUGGGUUCCGUGCCUUAAUUCUGUAUUUGGAUGCCCCUUCUCUAUGUUUCGAUUCAAGCUGGCAAAGCACCUCAAAGUUUGCCCAGCCAGUGUAGUCUGUUGCUCCAUGGAAUGGAAUCGUUGGCCCAGUAUUGACAGUGGAACUAAAUUACUUGAGAAUGUCAUGAAGGAGGAACAUCGAGAAGACUGUUUGGAUGUGGCAUUGGCCCUAAGAGAUCAGAAUAUUGUUUUUAAUUCUCUCAAUAUGGCAGAGCUUUUUCCAGAACUAUCAGAACAUCCAAAGAAUACAAUAACUCCAGAAUUAGAUUUAGAUAUGGAAGAAGUUGGUGCCGUUGGUGGGACUGAUUAUGCUGGCAAUACAGAGACUAAUAAUGGUGAAGAAGUUGAACUUACACAGUAUGAGCGAGAAGCUUUAGCUAAAGGGAAAGAUGGUGUAGAUUUAGCAAAAUUUUCUCAGUGGGAAGCGAUGUUUAGCAAGGAAAAAACAGCAGCCCAGGUUUUAGAGAAAAACACAAAACAAAGUGAGAAAAAUAGCUCAGAUAAAUCUAAAAAAUCUGACAUCACUCCUACACUGGAUGAGAAGAACGAAAUAUCUCAAGAGGAAAACACGGAAGCCAGUGUAAAAGGCAAUACGGAGGUAACUGGUUUGGCUCCAUGGAAUGAAGGUGUUCUAGAAAGACUAAAAUCUGAAGUAGACUGUGGAAGCUACAACAUGUACCUGGUACAUCAUGGCAGCAUGCUUGUCCGAUUCGGACAGAUGCCAGCAUGCACUCCAAAGGAUAAGGACUUUGUUUAUGGCAAACUGGAGGCACAAACAGUCAAGACUGUCUGCACCUUUAAAGUACCAACAAGCUACUGUGGAAGAAGAGCUAAACUUGGGGAAGAUGCCCCAAAGAAAGAGAAAGCUGAAAAAAUAGUAGAUACAUCUGACUUAGGAGUACAAAUAUCAGACCUACCAUUAUCAGACACCAUCAACACCACUUUACUGUGUGCACUUGAAAGGGAAUUUAUGGGUCGCGCAGUAUCUCAGUCCAAGGCCGUUGAUGGAUUGCUUAUUGACUUUGGAACACAAACAUAUGACUUUGGCAUGGAUGCAUUCUCUAAGAAGGUUGUUCUGGCAGAUAUUUUGCAUGAAAUACCUCUGAAACUGUGUCUUCAAAAUGAGUGUGUAACUAAUAGACACAACAAAAGUAAUUCUGCCUUCUCAUUCUCCUGCAAUCUUUUUUUCCGAAGGGACGAGUUUCCCUCCCACUUUAAGAAUGUCCACUCUGACAUCCACUCUUGCCUUAAUGGAUGGUUCCAAGAACGUUGCCCACUUUCAUACUUGGGUUGCACCUUUGUGCGAAACAGAUUUCGACCUGCUGGGCAGAAAGCACAAGUUAUCUACAGCAAACAACUCAAAACCUUUGCAGUAAAGCCACAUGUGGCUUGUACGUUAUAUGAAGGUGUAAAACCCAAUCUUUACAGAAGUAAUAGAGGAAAGAGCAAAGAUUCCUUAUCAACUCUACCACUUGAGGUGUUGCAGCAUAUAGCUGGCUUCCUUGACAGCUUCAGUCUAUGCCAGCUAUCUCAAGUCUCUACUUUGAUGAGAGAUGUAUGUGCCAUAUUGUUACAGGAGAGAGGGAUGGUCCAUUUACUUUGGGAGAAGAAGACUUAUUCACAUGGGGGCACAUCUUGGAGAUGCCGGAAAAAGGUCUGGAACUUCAGCAGUCUUUUCUCUAAUGUUCAUCAGUGGGUGUUUGAGGAUGGCCCAAGUAUGUCUGGUCACUUGACAAUUUGCCCAUUUAAUAAUAUAGAAUAUAAAAAGGAGCCGUUUAAGCUGCCCAGUCAAUAUGAACCAAAGAAAGAAGUAAAGCAAAAUUUGGUUACGUUUCACAAGAAGCUGUAGGAACCGGUUCUGGCAGCAACAGAGGGAAAUCAAAGAACUGGAAAAUACUUCUCCAAAAUUGGAAAGACAAAUGCCUCAGUAACAAUUGUUUAAGAAUAUAUAUAUAAAUAAAACAAUACUGACACCA